UGUGAACUUUUUUUUUUCUGUGCCGAAAGUGUCCAAUGGCUUUAAAGAUUUCAUUGUAGAGUAGAGUACUAAACAAUUGUCUUUUUGAGUUUCCCCUUUUGUGUAAAUCAAAAAUCAUUAAAAUCGGCCAAUAAAUGUCCUCAGUGUGUUCUGUAAACCAAAAUACUUUUUUGUAAACCACAAGACUUUGCACAUAGGGAACUCCGUAGCAUGUUGGGCAUUUUAAUUCUUUCGCCUCUCCAAUUGGAAACUGAAAAGAUUGCAUAAAAGCAACCCGAUUUUAUUUACCAAUCAUUGGAAAGAUCUGACCUCACUCUUCUUUCAAAUGAUGGUGAGCUUUGUUAUACAUGAUGAACAUGGACAAAACUACAGCUUCUAUAGUAGGAAUGGACUUUGUAUUCAGGCUUGGUGUGUGUAUGUUUGUGUGUGUUAAUAUUAGCUUGGUCGAUUAAAGGCACUUUAAGUUGGUCUGGUCAUGUAAAUGUUACAGACAUUCCACACAGCAUUGUAGUGUGACAUGUAAGAGAUGCUGAGUCUAGGUUUAUAUCGAGUCCUGACGCUAAGCUUUGGUAUCAGUGAAAUCCUGCUCUUUAGUGGAAUAUCAUUCGGCUGGGCCUCGCUCGUCUUCAUCCUGAAGCAAGAUGGAUACUUCAGUCACCUCUGUCCAGAAGCAACAAUGUCUCCCACCAUCAACACAACGGGAGUACCGGGUAAUAAUACCCCUAGCCAGGUGAUAGUCUUUGGGCAGACAACACCGGCUUCCUUUGGAGUCGAUGAGGUAUCUUUGAGGGGUUUUCCGAGCUGUCCAGAGCAAGACGCCCAACUUCAGCUCAUUUUCACCGUGGCUACCUUCUGUUAUGAGUUUCUUCUCUUCCCGAUGGGAUUGAUGUUGGAUAAAUUCGGAACACUGUUCAUGAGAAUAUUGACAAGCUGUUUUUUGGUGACCAGUUUGCUGUUAGUUGCCUUCAGUUCUAGAGAGACUGCCAGAGAGCAAUCCCUCUGGAACUUAAAGCGCAGCUGUUUUUUGGUGACCAGUUUGCUGUUAGUUGCCUUCAGUUCUAGAGAGUCGGCUGACGUCAUCCUUCCAGCUAUGUGUUUGUUGAUAGUCGGUGGAAUCGAACUGUUAUUUGUUAAUAUGCAGAUUUCAAACUUAUUUGGAAGAAAGAAGUCCACCUUCAUUUCUCUUCUAUCUGGAUGCUUUGAUUCGUCAGCAUUUGUUUUUAUCAUCUUCAAGUUUGGCUACGAGCAAUAUGGCAUCACACUUCAGACUUCAUUCUUCAUCUGGGCGGGGCUGUCCUCCAUACUCUGUCUUAAUACGAUCUUACUUCCAAAGAGAGGGCAUAUCCCCUACCCACUGCCCCCUGACUACAGGAAGAAAAUACCCAUUAGCGAUCUGGAAGGAGUUGAUGGUACCUAUACUUUCAAAUCGGAGGAUAGUCGAACAGAAGAUAAGGAACAGUAUUCUUCAGUGAUGGAGAAGAAUAAAGCUCAGCUCAAUAAAGAUUUGGCCAUUGAGGAAAACACAUCAUCAGACACUAAGCAUCCAGAAACAACGGACAAUACAUCAAAGGUGCCACAUACAUCAACAGAGGACAUCUUAUUAUCACAGAUACCAUCCCCACCAAUAGAGAACACCACAUCAGAGAUGCCACACCUAGCAACAGAUGACACUGCAUCAUCACAAGAACCACACCCAGCAACCCGUGACACUGCAUCAUCACACAAGCCACACCCAGCAACUGAGGAUGUCACAUCACCACAUAUGCCACACACAGCAACGGAUGACACUGCAUCAACACAAGAACCACACCCAACAACCGAUGACACUGCAUCAUCACAUCAGCAACACCCAGCUACAGAUGAUACAGCCACAUCACAAGAGCCACACCCGGCCACAGAUGACAGUGCAUCAUCACAAGAGCCACACCCAGCAACAGAGAAUGCCACAGCCCAACAACAGCCACACCCAGCAACAGAUAAUGCCUUAGCCGAACAACAGCCACACCCAGCAACAGAUGUCACUGCAUCAUCACAAGAGCCACACCCAACAACAAAUGAUACCAAAUCAUCAGAGAAGCCACACCUAGCAACAUCAGAGAAGCCAACCCCAUCAAUUGAAGACACCGAAGCACCCACGUCCCAGGACUCGUUAAAAAAUGGGGCAAAUCGUGGACAGGUGGCAUCCCAAGCCACGACAGACACCUCAACAGACCACAGGACACAACAAGCCACAGAGAGCAAACUCAAUGAGAAAACAUCUGAAGAAAUUGACUCCAAAUCAUCACAGGAUAGGGAUCUCUCUAUUACAGAAGUUACUUCUUGUGCACAAAGCGUGACUGAAGCCAUGAAGAAGUUACGCUACCCGUCUCUCCGAUCCUGUUUUUUCUCGUUACCUACACUCUUCCUACUCAUCUGGUUCUCAUUGCUUCAACUCAACAUGUUUUUCUUUCUUGGGACUCUCAACCCAGACUUGGUGCGACUGACAAACAAUGAUCAAGCUUUGGUGAGUCAAUAUACGACAGCUUUGGCCUUCAUCCAGGUCUCUGGUGUAUUCAUAGCGCCCCUCUGCGGACUUCUGCUGGAUAGAAACAGAACCAAGAAGAGAAUGGCAGGUGGUAAGAGGGGUCCAUACCAGGAUCUGCUCGACAGCUGCUUAGUGUAUGCUUUGACAACUUUCAUGUUCAUUGCAUUUAAUGCAACUAUGUUAGUCACAGUAAUUGAAGUGCGGUAUGCAUCUUUCCUGCUCCAUGCCUUCUCAAGGGGUUUUAUGUACUCACUAGUAGCUGGAGGAUGUGCCCUGUUUUUCCCAAUUCAGUAUUUUGGCAGUACAACCGGCCUUGUGGAGUCGCUGGCCUCCUUAGUGGGUCUGAUCCAGAGACCUCUAUUUACCCUUCUACAGAACCGUCUGAACAAUGAUCCAUUCUGGAUUUACAUUGGCCUGAUUGUGCUGAACGUCAUCACUUUCAUCUUUCCAAUCUACAUCUACAUCUACGCUAAGAAUAGCUCCAAAUGGGCAGUCAAGUUACAAGACAGCGCCAGGAAAGAACUGACACUUACAGACGAUUGUGAUCAUAUGUGAACUAAGUCUCAGGUGCCUAUUAAUAUGGACUUCCACCAGUUCUCAGGUAUGAACUUCUUGAGAUGGACACCGGUAAAUAAUCAUGUUUUAUUUAGUAUAAUGAUGCAGUUGACGACAACAAAGAGGGUCUCUAUGGCAACUCCUCUGAAAAUGUACUGCCUUGAAAGCCCAAGAUCAUACAACUUAUUUUAGGUUUUCCUGGCCAAUAGACCCCUUGAGUGUGACGUCACACACUUAAAAUGCGCCCUUACUGGGGUCAAUCAUUUUUGUUUUCCAGAGGCCGUUGCCUCCUACUCCUAGGGCUGAAACAGGGUUACCCCU